AUGUCCUGGAACAACAAGGACCAAGAGAUCAUCAACGAACUCAAAAGCAACAACAUCGAUAUAUGCUCCAUCAGCGAAACCAAGAAGAAAGGAAAGGGUAAAUACGAAAUCGAUGACUACACUCUAAUAUACAGCGGUGUUUCACGAGACAAAAGGGGACAUUCGGAAGUAGGUCUAUUGAUCGACCGAAAAUAUAAAGACCAUAUUGAAAAAGAGGAAUACAUAAGCGAUAGAAUAUUGCUGGUUACACUGAAUGUCAACAAAGAAAACAUCCAUCUAAUUAGCGUAUACGCCCCGGACAUAAGUAAAGACAGAGCCGAAAGGGAAAGCUUCUACGAGGAGCUACAAGAAGCUGUUGACAGAAUACAGGCCAAAGAUAAAAUAGUGAUCAUGGGAGACCUGAAUGCGAGAGUGGGAAAUGAGCCACUAGGUGGGGUUACUCAGAGAUUUAAUGAAGAGGUGAUGAACGAUAACGGUGACUUACUUAAAGCAUUCUGUGCAGUUAACGCGCUGAGAAUUAACAACACUUUUUUUGAACACGACAUGAAGUACAAGUACACAUGGCAGAACACAAGGGGCCAGCAAUCAGUGAUUGACUAUAUUAUCACUAAUAGAUCAAUAACACCACAGACAAUAUUAGACGUAAGAACACUGAAUGCGGCUAACAUAGGCAGCGACCAUAAAUUACUACUAUGUAAGCUAAGAUUGAGUAUACCCGCAUCCACAAAACCAAAACCACAUCGAAUGAAUAAAUUCAACAUUGAAUCUCUGGAAGACAACAACACAAAACUACUCUUUGAAAAUAGACUAACAAACAAAAUAAACGAAAACCCAACAAACAGAGAACAUGACAUAGAUGAACAAUGGAAGACAAUAAAAGACAAUAUACUUUGGUGCCGCCGAAGAAGCCAUAGGAAAAAGAGAAAUUUACAUCAACAAGGUUAA